AUGUUCAGGGAGUUCAACAACUACUGGUGGUUUGGUGGGGGGCGGUCUGAGGAAGUAGACGCGUUGAUGGACAGCCAGCACCCUCAAGGGAAGCGGGGGGCUCCGCUGAGGCGAAGGCUCUGUCAGGGGGGCUAUAUAUCAAUCAGCAACCGAAACGCCGCUUUUCAAUCCCCGUCUUCAAUCAAUCUAUCCAAGAGCAAGGACGAGAUGCAAGUGGGGUUCGAGAGGGUGCGGCUUGUUGACGCGGCCGAGGAAGCUGAGCGGAAAGCACAGGAGGACAUAGAGCAGGAGCGCCUCCGACAGCUAGCAGAAGCCGAAGCCGCAGCCAAAGCCGCUGAAGCUGCUGCCGCUGCAGCGACAGCAGCGGCAGCGAGAGGCGUAAACGGCGACAGCUCCACUCGACGGUCCUCUCGCAAAAGGCCGGGCCCCUCUUCUCCGGUGCGGUGCAGUUGCGAAAACGUUAACGUUUUUGCAGGCGUAGGGUUUGAUGCGAGUGGGAAAUCUGUCGCGGUGAGAAUGACCACCGCGGACCUCCCAGUCGGUGCCCUCGAACGCCGCGCUCAGGGCAGCAACGGCAACAACAACAGCAACAGCAGCAACAGCAGCAACAGCAGUAGGAUGGAAGCGGCGAGAGCGGCUGCGGAGGCAGAGGCGGCGCAGCCGUACGUGCCGCUGCUCCCGGCGUGGCGACACGUGGCUCGAAGAGAAGACAGGGGCUUCCUUCGGAACCUCAAGCUGGAGCUCAUUAGCCUAGAAGAACAGGCAGGGUAG